AUUAGCUCUGCCGCGGUUAAAACUUUGACAUCGUCCCCUUCCUCCGUUAGAAACAAAAUUCCUCCAUUUCCGUCGUGGAAGCUGUACCCCAUCGCGAGAUUCCUCCAUUGACGACCAAGCUUUUUCCCGCCAAAGGAGUGAUUUCGAGUUCGAAGUGUCAAUGGUGUCCAAGUUAUCUGCGAGGCCGAGAGAGUGGAGCAAAUGGCUCCAUAAGGCAACGAUGUCUACUUCUGAAAAGCUCGGAGAACAAGGUGGUCCAGGAGGAACUACUUGGGAUGAUGGUUCAUUUGGUGGUGUAAGAAAAGUGUAUGUCGGAGAAGGUGAUAACGGUGUAACGUAUGUGAAGUUUGAGUACGAUAAAGGUGGAAAACUUGAAGUACGUGAGCAUGGGGAGAAGAAGACAGAACGAUUAAAAGAGUUUGUUCUUGACUAUCCGGACGAAUAUAUCACAAUGAUACACGGAACCUGUGGUAAAGUCCCUCAACAUGGACUUCCGAUCGUUACAUCACUUACCUUCAUAACAUCAAAGCAAAGAACCUCUUCACCAGCUGGAUCUGUGAUUGGCUCCCGUUUUUCACUCGGGAAGGAGGGUGGAAAACUCAUUGGCUUUCAUGGACGUUCUGCCGCUGCUUUAGAUGCUCUUGGAGCGUAUUUGCUCCAUUCUUCCCUUCAAAGAAACCGCAAGUUCAAGACAAAGUGCCAGAACAAGGUGGUCCUGGUGGAUUUGUGUGGGAUGAUGGUUCAUUUGAUGGUGUAAGAAAAGUGUAUAUUGGAAAAGGUGAUGGUGGUAUAACAUAUGCGAAGUUUGAGUAUGACGAGGGUGGAAAGCUUGAAGUACGUGAGCAUGUGGAGAACAAAUCGCAACAAUUGAAAGAGUUUGAGCUUGACUAUCCAGACGAAUAUAUCACCAUGGUAGAGGGAACCUUCCGCAAAGUUCCUCAACAUGGACUCCCAAUCAUUACUUCACUUAUCUUCAAGACAUCGAAGCAAAGAACCUCUCCACCAGCUGGGAAUGUGGCUGGCACACGUUUUGUCCUCGAGAAGGACAGUGAAAAGAUCGUUGGCUUUCAUGGACGUUCUGCUGCUGCUCUAGAUGCUCUUGGAGUGUAUUUUGCACCACUCUCCCCUGCACAGCAACCACAAGAUCAAGAGAAAGUGGAAGCACAAGGAGGAAAGGGAGGCAAAGAAUGGGAUGAUGGAGGAGACCAUGAUGGUGUAACAAAGAUAUUUGUCGGAAUUGGUCGUGGUGGCCUUCAAUACAUCAAGUUUGAUUAUGUACAACUAAACGAAGGUCCAAUACAUGGAACGAAGGAAAGGACAUUCACACAGCCGUUUGAAAUUACCCAUCCCGAUGAGUAUAUCGUGUCCGUGGAGGGUUACUACGAUGAUUCUGGCAUCAUUCAGGGUCUUCGAUUCAAAACCAAUAAGAGGACUUCUGAUAUCAUUGGAUAUGGAGAUGAUGGUACUAAAUUUAUACUUGAAGUCAAGGAUAAGAAGAUUGUCGGGUUUCAUGGGUACGCUGAUAAGAAUCUUAAUUCUCUUGGAGCUUAUUUUGUACCAAUCUCCUCCUCCUCCUCACCAUUGUCGCCUCCAAAUAAAGUUGGAGCCCAAGGUGGUAAAGGAGGGAACACAUUUGAUGAUGGUGCUUUCGACAGCGUAAGAAAAGUGUAUGUUGGUCAAGGUGAUAUUGGUGUGUCGUAUGUGAAGUUCCACUAUGACAACAGCGGAAACUCAGAAACACGUGAUCACGGGAAGAAGACGCUACUUGGGACUGAGGAUUUUGUGCUUGAAUAUCCAGAUGAAUAUAUUACAUCAGUGGAGGGAACCUACGACAAAAUCUAUGGCAGUGACAGCGAAGUCAUUACCUCCCUUACCUUCAAAACAUCCAAAGGGAGAACCUCUCAACCAUUUGGAAUUGUAGCUGGAAUUUCUUUCACACUUGAUGGCAAAGGCGGAAAACUUCUCGGGUUCCAUGGCCAGGUUGGCGAAGAUCUUUAUGCUCUUGGAGCAUAUUUCGCUCCGACCAGCACUCCAUUGAUUCCCCCCAAGAAACUUGAAGCGAAAGGUGGAGAGGCAGGGAAUCUAUGGGAUGACGGUGUGAAAAAGUUACUUGUAGGUCAAGGCGAUAUCGGUAUAUCGUUUGUCAAGUUUGCAUACGUGAAUGGCACAGAAACAGUGGUUGGAGAUGGCCGUGGGAAGAAAUAGCUGCUCGGAACAGAGGAUGUGAUUUCCAUUUCUCUAUCUCACAACUUGAGUUUUAUUUAUUCAUUACUACUCUCCAUACACUGUCUGGAUUCUUGAUUUACUUGCGGUUUCUUGUUCUGACCCACAAAUUUUCUCAGUUCGAAGUUGACCAUCUGAACGAAUAAGAAGACAUCCCCACCAUUUGGGAGGUGUUACAUCACGUCGGUGGAGGGAACCUACGACAAAAUCUACGGAAGCCCCAGCUGAAGU